AAGCUAUGUGUAAUGGGGUGUCGGACAGUUAGCUCAGGGAACAAGAUUACAAACUGCGGGAGUUGUGGGGAAGUGUUGCUAGGUGACGCUAUCAAGGUAGCAGCUAAUCUUCAUUAUCACAUACAUUGUUUCACCUGCUCAGAGUGUGGCUGUGAGCUCGUCAAUACUGGAUUCUUUACUAAGUUAGCGAAAUACUACUGCGCGGAAGACUACCACGCUUUAUUUGGGACACUAUGUACUCUGUGUCAGAAAUACAUUGAAGGGGAGGGACUGUCCAUACAGGGCAAGGGCAAGAGCUACCACAUAUCAUGUCUUACCUGCUCCAAAUGCGGCGGAAGGUUUGACGAAGGUUCCAGAAUAACAUUUGAGAAAGAGCAGGCACUAUGCGACACGUGCAAGGUGACGGGUGUCAAAACACCCACCACCAAACACCUGUGUGCCUCCUGUAAUGAGGUGAUCGUGGGUACGAGUAUAUUCGCCAUGGAACAGGAGUGGCACAUUAAAUGUUUCACUUGUCAGGAAUGCAAGAAGCCGCUGACUGGCGAAUACAUGUGUAAAGACGGAGUUCCGUACUGUGAAGAAGAUUAUCAGACGUUGUACGGCCAGUGCUGUAAUAUCUGCUCCGAGUUCAUUCUUGGCAAGGUGUUACAAGCAGGCGGAAACAGUUACCACACUUCAUGUUUAAAAUGCUACAUCUGCACGCAGCAGUUUGAGGAGGGUCAGGAGAUCUUUAUGCAGGACGAACUGUUCUGGCACACUGACUGCGAUGAGACUACUGACAAUGUGAUAGAAGAGCAAAAAUCAGUUGCCCAAGCUGAAGAUCAAUCUGAGGUGUCAAAAGAUGAAAAAGAAGAAGCAGAAAAAGUAGAAGCAGAAAAAGAAGAGUCGGAAAAGGAAGGAGAAGAAGAAGGGGAGAAAACACCACCAGAACUUGUCCUUCCAGGACCUCCCGACUCCACCCCGCCUCCAGACACGCCCCUAAUGGACAUUCUAGAGGACCAACUUGCCGGGCAUGAUAAUGGGACUCUGGGACUCUGUGCUGAUGAUACUAGGGAUAGGUCAAAAUCUUCAGUUUCUAUAUUGUCUGAUUACGAGGACCUCUCCGUGCUGCAAGAAGCUGGUAGAGAAGUCGUUUAUGACUCUGAUUUCGACGAACUUGCUCCUGACGUACCAGUACAUCCCGUCCAACCUCGAUCCAUCCCCAGUCCUGAACCAAAACAGUCUGAUAGCGAUAGUCAGAGUCUAACAUCGAAAAAACUUUUAUCAGUAUCAGAAUCUCUUGCCAGCACAAUCUCAAAGCCGGAAGAAGAAGAAAAGGAAGAAUGUCCACCUCCAGUUCCUGAACGUCAAUCAAUAACAGAAUCUGCAAUUUCCGAGUCAGGCACUUCGGUAAGUAGUGUUCCCAAGGGAGGAUCCGUAUCAGAACCACAGAGCACUACAGUGGAAUCUGAUGUGGAAUCUAAUAAAGUGUUCGGAGACGUAUCUGACACAGUAAUGAUCAAGGAGAACGGUAGAGGCUCCCUGACCAGUGAACAGGAGGAGGAGGAGGAAGAGGAGAAACACCUCUCUGUAAAGGAGAUACUGCGGUUAGCUCAGGAAAAGGAGCGUGAGUUGAUGGGUAACGCUGUGUUGGUUCGCAAGAACAAAGUAGAUCCCACCAUCUCCAGGCGAUAUCUCUCUACUGACUCGGAGAACUCAGAUCGAGGCUCUGAAGCUAGUGAUCCUCCCGCCAAACCUCCUCGUGCCCGCUCAAAGAGCCCUGUUAGGCACAACAAUAAGCCGGAGAUGAUCGUACAGCCCACCAUGAAGACAAGCGGAGAGCCCGACACGUCACCCAGUGCCACCCUGAAGACACUCAGAUCUGUAGACUCGCCCAUCCUCAAACUCAUGGAUGAAAUGAGCAAACCUGACGAUGAGCAGAUCGACUAUCUCGACUACCAAGAGACCUACGAUAUCUCAAUCCUUCAAACUCAAAAGAUGCGCCUACCCCAAGGCAUCGACCGUUCUCAGCUUCAAAACUAUCUGGCUGAGGAUCAGUUCGAGGCAGCGUUCCACAUGUCAUCUGAGAAGUUCGUCUCGUUACCUCUGUGGAAGAAAACGAACUUAAAAAAGAACCUGCAUCUAUUCUAAUAAUAGACCAUUUUAUGUGAUCUCUUUUAUGAGGAGUAGCGUUCAAAAAUAGAUACAUUUUCUGCGGAAAGUACGAGGACCCAAAAAUUGUACAUAGUUUUGGGUCUGUAGGACUAUAAAUGAUGUACAGUAUAUUGACACGUGACUUAUGAGGUCUCGCCACAGCACACCCACCAUGGCAGUUAAUUUAUUAUUUUCGUUCGGUUUUAGAAUAAGUUUUCUACUUUAUAUUUUUAGAUUUUAUAUCGCUGUCAUGUUGGCAAAGCACGGCCAAAGGUUUCAUUUUGCCGAUUUUUCCUCCUUCCUUUUCCUAUAUUCCUGGGCGUGAUAACAGAUCUACGGUUUUUCUUUCGCGACAUAUUAGCGAAAACUGCAUUCACACUUACACCUGAAACAUAAUAUUGUAAAAAUGAGGGUGGAUGUAUUGGCAUUACACCUGAAACAUAAUAUUGUAGAAAUGAGGGUGGAUGUAUUGGCGAUGUAGGAAUGCAAUUCCCCGCUCCUCACGGACAAUGUACGAACAAUGUUUACAAAACGAGAUUAAUUACUAGCGACAAGAGUUAGAACACGAGGUUUUAUUAUUGUGUAAUAUUACAUUAUAUAGCGCUAUCGGACAAAUGUGUGUUCCUUGAAAAAUUAUUAUAAUGUUAUAUUGAUAUGGUUAUAAUAAUGACGUUGUUGAUUUCAAUUAAGUGACUAAAUCUUUAUUAUAAUCAAAGUUCUAAAACAUAACGCUGUAUAAAAGUGAUCAAAUUAGAUUUGUUUAGUAAAGGAUAAUGAAUAUAUUGGAGAAGUUUAGUUUUUUUAGUGAAAUAUGCUACUGUACUUUUUAAAUUCUGGAAUGUUUUAUUAA